AAUGUUACGUGAUACGUAUGCUUUUGAAUACUAACUGCCCUCGAUACUUGUUCGACUUAAUCAGUUUCAAAUUGAUGAAAAAACUGUAUUUGUCAAAUAUAGUUAAAUAAUUUAUUAAUUAGUUAUUACGCCUACAGUGCGCAGAAAAUAAAAUAAAGAAAUAAGAUUAUAUUGCUAGGUACAGUGAGAGUGCGUCUGUGUAAUGAUAUACUUAUAUCUGGAUUUUUUAAACAUAAAAAAAUGCCUUUGCUAUCUCGGCAGCAUGUAAUAACCAUGUCUCCGGAACUACUACAAAAGCUCGAUGCAGCUGCAAAAACGCUGGAUGCGGCCCAGUACACAAGCAUGGACAAUACAAAUAACAUUGUGUCAGCACUUGAGAGGACACUUGACAGUGCGAAGGAGAUAAUUCUUGUUGACGAGAAAAUGAUUGACACGCCCAAAGAACAUGUGAUCUAUUUUGAAACGCCCAGACCGGAGAGCACCGAAUUCCGCCUAUCUGAUUCUUGUUAUGACAUUGAGAAAGAAUAUGACAUUAAUGGCAUUGCUGAAGAUCCUCAAAGUCAACCUGAACCUCACGAUCACCAUGAGCGACACGAACCACAUGAAGAAUCCGACCAUGGACAUUUUGAGAUAUCCGUGGACAUUUCUGAGGCGCUUCCACAAGCAGAGGAUGAUAGUUCUGAAGAUGACACAAAACGGAUUACGUUAUCAACGCCCGAAUUACCCAGUAAGAGGCGACGAUCGUCCCGAUGGAGUGCCACGGUGUUAUUUUUAGCUUCCGAGGUUCAGAUGAUGGUAAAUCUAGCCCAUUUGUCGCCACCAGAUGGAUUCGAACUUGCCCCUCCCAAAAACGAACCUGGCGCGCCAGACGGCAACGAUAAGGGCAUGUCGGAAACUUUAAACGAACUUGAGCUCCAGCCGAUGGGGGACCAGGGCACAAACGGUGAUCGACCAAUCAGAUGCUUGGAAAUGGUUUUACCAAAGGAAUACUCAAAUGGUGACAUUAUUACACUAUGUGAUAAUUGCGACUUGCCCCCGCCGUACGAUAACCUCCAAAAAGACAAAAGUGGUGACGAAGACGACAAACAUUCCCUGAUAAGCAAUAAAAACGAUGACGACAGGCCAGACGAUAAAGAAAAUUCUGAUAAACCGGACGAAGAGGCUCCGAGGGACGCGGAGAGCAUUUGCUCCGAGCCCCACCCGCCCCACGAGGAUUGGGGCCACAAAGCGGACUUCCUGUUGGCAGUGAUCGGCUACGCAGUGGACCUGUCGAACGUUUGGCGGUUCCCUUACCUGUGCUACAGAAAUGGAGGAGGAGCGUUCAUCAUCCCCUACUUCACGGUGCUGAUAUUUGGCGCUCUUCCAAUCUUCUACAUGGAACUUUGCCUGGGUCAGUUCCACAGGGAAGGUCCGAUUGCAGUUUGGAAAAUAGUCCCCAUGUUCAAAGGCAUUGGUUACGCCUCGUGCUUCAUGGCGUACAUAGUGGCGUUCUACUACAACGUGGUGAUAGGCUGGGCGUUCUACUACCUCUUCUCGUCCUUCACCCUGGACCUGCCCUGGCGCCACUGCGACCGCGAAUGGAACAGUCCCAAUUGUUGGCUCCUAGGAGAAGGCAAGUUCAACACUUCCGGUGGGCCUAACGUGACCGUCAGUAACAUGACCGUCAGUAACAUGACCCACGCCGUGUCGUCGUCGUACGAAUUCUUUGAACGAGGCAUGCUUCGCCUGCAUCUGAGUCGCGGGUUAGAACACCUUGGGGGCGUCCGCUGGGAGCUCGUGCUGUGUACGCUUCUCACCUUCAUUUGCCUCUACUUCUCGCUGUGGAAGGGCGUCAAGAGUUCCGGAAAGGUGGUUUACAUCACCGCCACAAUGCCUUACCUCAUUCUGACCAUUCUCCUCAUCCGCGGAUGCAUGUUGCCCGGGGCUACAGAAGGCAUUCGAUACUUCAUAACGCCAAAUCUGGACCGUCUGAAUGACCCGAAUGUGUGGAUUGAUGCGGCCGUACAGAUAAUGUUCUCUAUCGGCGCAGGCUUUGGCACCCAUAUCGCGUACGCGAGCCACAACAAGUUCAACAACAACUGCUAUGCUGACUGCCUGUUCACUGCCGGUGUGAACAGUUUCACGAGCAUCUUCUCGGGGUUUGUCGUGUUCUCCUACCUCGGCUAUAUGGCGGACAGACAGGGAAAACACAUCAACCAAGUGGCGCAGGAAGGCCCGGGUCUCGUGUUCAUCGUGUACCCGGAAGCUAUAGCAACACUUCCGGGCUCCUCCGUCUGGGCCAUCAUUUUCUUCCUCAUGCUUAUAACCCUUGGAAUGGACAGCGCUUUUGGCGGACUGGAAUCCCCCUUGACGGGCCUCGCCGACAAGUUCUACCACACGUUCCACAACAAAUACUAUCGCGAGAUUCUCACUCUGGUCGUCAUAGCUACAGCGUUCCUCUUCUCCAUUCCUUGUAAUACAUGGGGCGGCAUGUAUGUGUUCAAGAUUCUGGAUACGUUCGCGGCCGGCACGUCCAUCGUGUUCACGGUGCUGUGUCAGGUGAUCGCCGUGGGCUGGUUCUACGGUGUAGACCAGUUCUGCACGGACAUCCACAAGAUGUUGGGAAGAAGGCCUGGCUUCUACUGGAGAAUCUGUUGGAAAUAUCUCAGUCCUACAUUCCUGCUGAUUAUCGUGAUAUCGAGCUUCCUUCACUACACUCCACUCGUGUACGAGGGGGCACUAGGGGCGUACGUGUACCCCGGGUAUGCGAACGUGAUUGGCUGGCUCAUAGCGGCAUCCUCCAUGAGCAUCAUACCCCUAUACGUCAUCUACUACCUUCUCACGACAAAGGGGUCUUUUAAAGAGCGUCUUUCAUUGGGCAUUUCACCAAAAUGGGAACACAGGGACAUCAGAGAGAAACAAGAAGUAAAAAGAUUUAAGAAGCAACAUUGGUUGUACAUCUAACGGAUGGUUUAUUCACGAAUAAGGGACCAACGCUGUUAUCUGGGAUGAUGCGCACGCCUAUAGACUUUUACCAUGGAAUACAAAUCUGCAAUGUGUAUAUAGUUCUAUAUUGAUUUUUGUUUUGUCAUAUCAGUGAAUGUUAUUAGAUUCGAAUUUUAUGUAUUCAUCCGCAUUUAUUUAUAUAAUGUUCAUGUUCAUCUUCAAAUACUAUUCGAUACGAGUAUUCUGCACUUAAUUAUUGAUUUCCAAUAAAUUAAACAUUUUUUUCUAACGAAAUACGAAGACAUGUGUGUAAAUGUCUACCUGGUAUACCGCGAAUAACGUUUGACACUGGCAUAACUGUCACUUCCUGUGAUAAUUAAUGAAGACCGUGAGAAGACCUUAAAUCAUUUGUUCGAGGAAACGUCAAUAUUUAGUCUCGGUUAUCACGAGAAUUGCAAAAAGCAAUAACGAGGACAGGGUUAAACAUAUCGGAUAAUAUUAUUUAAUUAAGAUAAUCGUUGUUAAUCGAACAAUAGACAGCGGACUUUCGUUUAAAUGCGUUGCAAGUAAGUAACACGAUUAUAACCCGGAAUGGUGAAUUUCUGUAUAUCAGAAAUGAGGAAGAUUCAAUCGAAAUUCUGAAAAUCUAAUAUUAUGUCUAACUUUAUUUUACUGCUAGUGCUAGAUGAUUUGAUUACAGGAAAAACUACUUAUGUUAUUUCUACGGCAUAUCGCAAGAUAUGGUACUAUGUCUGGAAAUACGAUACUUGCAUCCAUGUUUAACUGCAUUUGAGUUCUGUACUUAAAUGUUGAAAAAACGUGUAUGUAGAUAGUUUUGGUCUAUUUAAGGUUUGAUUUAUGCAGAAAUUAAUAGAAAUGAUUAUGAGACCCGCUUUAACAUAAAGAAAUGCAUUAGUAUAGACUAGCAACAGAACUGCUUUUUAAUCCAUUCAAACAAGCAAUAGCUUAUAAUAUUUACAUAUAAAUAUCCACUCACAUAUGUUUCGGAAAAAGUCUUGGAAUUUAGUUCAUUCAUAGUUUGACCCAUUUAUGCCUAGCGUAUAUACAGCUUUGCACGAUGUCUGCAAAGUGGUACCAAUUCGUUUUUUUUUAUCGACGUUAAACUCUUAAAUUCACUUAAAUAACCAUAUAUGUACAUUAUGGUGUUUUAUCAUAUACAUGUACUCCAUUUUACAAGACUGUCAAAUUAUCAUUCAGGUAUGCGACACGUUCAUGAAAAUAUUGGUAGCAAUGUCAUUUGUCGUGAUUGCCAUGGUAUUUGCAUUGUAUCGCAGUAUUGUAUUGCUGUUAAAUGUUCUAAACAUAUCUCAUGUUUUCGUCAUUAAUUAAGACAUUUAACUGAUUCGUUGUGAUCGUAGAAGUAAUCAGACAGUAUUUGUGUGUUGUAAACCAGUAAUUAGACAGUAUUUGUGUGUUGUUUACCAAAUGAUCCGCGUGAUGCGAAACUGGCUCUUGUUUCAUAUGCAGUCAGCUGCGAAGACCGCUAUUAAGCGAUGCAUGCCAAGCGUCUAGAAAAACGACAUUGGCAAACAGCGUAGACCCAGAUGAGACGCCGCAUGAUGCGACGUCUCAUCUGGGUCUAGGCUAUUUGCUUAAAGGAAUUUCUGUAAGAAAUAUUCUUAAUAUAGACAUAAAUAUACUAGACAUCCCUCAUUUUGAUCCAAUUUAGAAGGAUGGGAGAGUCCACUAGGCAUAAAUGGGUUAAGCAAUGCCAUGUUUCUUGGUCUAAUUAGCGGACAAAGAAGCUCCAGAUCAGACUGCGCGAUUGCACAAGCUGGUCUAGAGCUAUGCUAUCCGCAUGUGGCAUACGAACCAAUUUUGCAUGACGUGGGACAAAUAAUCGUGUUAGAAUGAUAAGUGUGUUCAUUUUCAGAAUAGUGGUAUUAUUACAAAUGUACACCAACCGUUCCAAUUACAGUGGUAGUAAAAUGUCACUUAUAGUAUGUAUGAAUGCCCAUAUGUUAAUAAACGUACACAAAUAUCAA